AUGGGUCUCUCCCACGCCACGUCUUCCCCAAAGUGGUCGGACAUCCCGCCGGACCUGGCCGGCCUCAUCCUCUGCCGUCUCACAUCCGACGCCGACCAGCUAAGCUUCGGGGACGUGUGUCGUGACUGGCGCCACGCCACACAGCAACAGCGAGGCAGCAUGCCGUGGCUCAACCUCGUCCCUGGGGUUUACCAGAGCAUCGCUGACGGCACGGUGCAUUGCUUCGGCCACUGCCAUGGCUCUUCCGGUUGUUGGAUCCUCUUCUACCACGACCCGGAGGUUGGGGAGGAUGAUGAGGAUGGGGACGGAGGAGGAUGCAUAUUCCUCCGCAACCCUUUCCACCCAUCAGCUGCCCCCAUGCAGAUCCCGUGGACAUACAGGGAGCCGUCUAAGAUCAUCAUUUGGUCUUCAUCCGUGGUGCUUCUCCACCGAGGAAUCUGCAAAAUUGCUCCUUCCUCACCAGCUGACAUGAGUGGGCCGCACCAACCUUGUCUGGAGCUUACCGGUUAUUCCGGUGAUUAUGCAGACAUGUCCUUUUACCGUGGAAGGAUCUUCACCGUCACACACUUUGGGGAGCUCUUCUCCCAUGACAUCUUGGGUUAUCGCACGGAGCAUGUGAUGAACCAAUCCAUGGAGCGCAAUAAUCAACCAAUGAACAAAAUCGUCCGCCACCUAGUCGUGUCAGCUGACAAGAAAAAGCUACUGAUGGUACGAUGGAGCAUCCCUCCAAGAAAGCUGAAGGUACGGCGGAGCAACACUCACCAAAAGGCCACGGCUGUCGUGGUAUAUGAUCAUCGGUGGGCGAUGAAUUUGCACGUGUUUGAGGCCGACUUGGCCAAGGGCCAGUGGUCGGAGGUGAAGGACCUUGGAGGCCAGGUUAUUUUUGUCAGCAGAAGUUGUUGCAGGGCGUUCGGGCCAUUGGAGCACUGCCACCCAAGAUUCCCACAAGGGAACCUUGUGUAUAUCUUGGGUGUUGACUGGCACAUGAAGAGGGAUGUCGCCGGUGCUGACCUGUGCGGAUGCACGGACUGUCGUGACCACGUUAAUGGUGGUAUUCCUAGCUACUGUGUGUAUGACAUGAUGAGUGGUACUCUUAGUCUAGUUUCAAUAUGCCAAGGUCCACGGCUGGGAAGUGCGAGGUCAGAGUGGUUCUUUCCAUGUGAGUGA